CUUGGCUGCACGCAUUACAUAACCGCCAGUCUCUACUCUUGUAUCGUAUCCGAAGCGGCCGCCGGCGACGAGGUAAGUUCUAAUGGAGUCGACUUUGCGGCCGCUUAGCGCUUCUACGGCGCCGAUUUUUCAGUUCUCCUCCAAGUAUGCUAGUUCCCGUUCCGGCGUUUUGGUUGCGCAGCUUCACUGUGGUAUUCCCGCGGCGGCUCGGCCGAGUCAGCUCGCUUCCCUUCAGCUGAGUAGGUCUGGACCUGGUUCGUGUUUUCGGAGUCCAGGACUGCAUCGGAAGCGGUUUAAGUUUUCUGUAAAGUCAGAUUCUGGAGGUGGAGGAUUUGGAGGCAUUGACGGUGGUUCUGGCGGAGGUGGAGGCGGAGGAGACGGUGCGGCGGGAGGCGACGAAGCUAAGCCGACCGCGGUGCCUGGAAGUGCGGAUGAACUUGCUUUAAGUUCGGAUGUAAUUGUUCUUGGUGUUGGAGGGAUGACCUGUGGUGGAUGCGCGGAGAGUGUGAGGAAAAUUUUAGAGAGUCAACCGCAGGUUUCUUCCGCCAUCGUGAAUCUUGAAACAGAGACAGCAGUGGUAUGGCCUGUGCCGGAGGCCAAGGCAGCGCUCAACUGGCGUAAGGAUAUAGGAGAGGCUCUUGCAAAGCAUUUGACAAAUUGUGGGUUCACCUCCCAUCUUAAAGAUCAAGAAGUCACUGAAGGUGAAAUUCAAUCAUAAGAUGCAGUGGACUCAUUUAGCAACAGCCAUUCUUCUUCAUGGUAUGUCACGGAUCUAUUUCCAUUCUAGUAAACUCUCGUCAAUACUUCUCUACCGCUACUGGUGGUGGGAUGGGUUGAAGGCAUAUAUAAUGUUGGAAAUAAGUUAAUCUACGAUUUAAUCUUUUGUGCGAGAAGACGAUCUCUAUUUUGGUUUAUAAGCUGGGAUCCAACAGUUCAAUAAUAACCCAAGUUUAUAUA